AUGAGGAAGAAGCAGGCGAGACCCGCGAAGCGAAUUGCCGGUGGAGUGUUUCCGGAAGAUGUCUCAGCAGGGGAAUCCCAAGAGGGGCUUUCUCCGGUAUGGCACUCUCCGUCAUCCUCUCCUCCUCAUAGCAGAGCAACCUCAACAAUGGAAGAACCGGACUACUUACCCGGAAAUCCUUUUUAUGUUUCUACCAUGCAGGGUGCAGUAGUUCACGGUGAUGCACCUCCUUUGAAAGUCCCAAAGUAUGAAAUGGAUGACUUUCAGAGAUACUGUCAUGUCGGGGAGUGCACGCGAUUUUCCAAAUCGCAGUUUGCUCAUUGUGAAUUCCUCAGUGGACUCAGCUCCGGCAUUUCUGCAAGCUCUUCAGUUCCCGUCACUUCAGAUGUCAGUGAUUACCAUAAGUCCUUCCUUUCUGUGUUCACCGGGAGUAGAAAUUCUGUUGACAGUCCCUCUGCAAGUGUUUCCGGAGUCGACGGAUACACUUCAUCAGUGGAUUCGGAAUCUCCGCUGAAACGUUUGGAACGGUGUGUACGUGAAAACAGUGAAGCUACAAACAGUUCAACUUUUGAGAUUUACAGAAGCAGUAGACUCUCCAUGUCAACAGGAUAUGCCUUGACACAUUCACGCAGCAAUUCUAUGAAAUUGCCUUUUGAAUACGAUUCAACGAAGACAUCAGCAGCAGAUGCUCUAGGUGAAUUGUCGCAAAUGGUACAUCGAAUUGGUGCGACAAAAUUACCGAUGCCUAAUAAAUGUGUUCCUAACAGCAUCACCAGUAAUAUUUUCACAUGUCUAAGAUGUGCUCAACGAUUUAAUACGCUUGAUGAGUUAGUGCUGCAUAUCAGUACAACAAAACAUUUCACGUGCGGAGCAACCAAGAAUCAUAAUGCUAUAGCACCGUGGGAAAGGGAUCGAGCAGCAACAAAUUUCGGGAAGCAAGUGGCUUCAUCGAAUUUUAUAGCAUCGUUAUUUUAUGAACAGAAAUGUGUUGAAGUACCACGGAAUCUGUCACAAAAAAACAUCGACAGUAGUUUUUGA